AUGUUCUUCCUCAAGGAAAGGCCGUCCACAGACUGCCCACUGUGCAACCCAUCCCACCCACAGACCGCCCCACUGUGCAACCCAUCCCAUCCACAGACCGCCCACUGUGCAACCCAUCCUGUCCACAGACCUCCCACUGUGCAACCCAUCCCCAGACCGCCCACUGUGCAACCCAUCCCGUCCACAGACCGCCCACUGUGCAACCCAUCCCACCCACAGACCGCCCACUGUGCAACCCAUCCCACCCACAGACCGCCCACUGUGCAACCCAUCCCAUCCACAGACCGCCCACUGUGCAACCCAUCCCAUCCACAGACCGCCCACUGUGCAACCCAUCCCACCCACAGGCCGCCCACUGUGCAACCCAUCCAGUCCACAGACCGCCCACUGUGCAACCCAUCCCACCCACAGAGCGCCCACUGUACAACCCAUCCCAUCCACAGACCGCCCACUGUGCAACCCAUUCCAUCCACAGACCGCCCCACUGUGCAACCCAUUCCAUCCACAGACCGCCCCACUGUGCAACCCAUUCCAUCCACAGACCGCCCCACUGUGCAACCCAUCCCAUCCACAGACCGCCCACUGUGCAACCCAUCCCAUCCACAGACCGCCCCACUGUGCAACCCAUUCCAUCCACAGACCGCCCCACUGUGCAACCCAUCCCAUCCACAAACCCUAAACCCCAAUAUUAUUGCUGAUGCCAAGAUGUGCUUGCAGACCGGACCUUGGUAUGGCCAUUCUGUGAGAGGCUCCACCAGAACCUGA